CCAAGUUCAGGUGGAAGCCCCUUGUCCGUCUUAAAGAACUACUCUACGUAGCCUUUCCUCUCCGACUUACCAUCCACAAUACGAUACAAUACGAUUAUUGGAGAGGGAGACCAACUUCUACUACAAAGUGUUUGACCACGGCAAUGGCUCUCCAACAGACAUUGGUGCAGUAUAUCUGCAGCGUUCUGCUGCUUGUUAGCGCUGCCAGCGCUCUGAAGUUCGACCUGAUCGCACAAGCAGAGAGCUCAAAGAGGGAACGUUGCGUGCGCAACUUUGUCGGAAAAGACACACUUGUCGUGGUAACAGCGACUGUCGAUGGUUACAAGGGCGAUGGCAUGGUGGUGAAUCUCUACAUUCGAGAUGCCGUUGGCAACGAGUACGGUCGACCCAGAGAUGUUGUCGGAGAAUCCAGGACCGUCUUUACAUCACAUGCUGACGCUGCCUUUGAUGUUUGUUUUGAAAAUAUUGUUACUGGUUCCCAGCGAAUCAACAACCCUACCCGCCAUGUUGAGCUCGAUAUCGACAUCGGCGCCGACGCCAAGGACUGGUCCGCCAUCCAGGCCACCGAGAAGCUCAAGCCUGUUGAGGCUGAGCUCCGCCGCAUCGAGGAAAUCACCGGCGAGCUUGUCACCGAGAUGGAGUACCUCCGCGCCCGAGAGCAAAAGCUUCGAGACACCAACGAGAGCACCAACAACCGUGUUAAGUGGUUCGGUAUCGCCACCACCUGGUUGCUUAUUGGUCUCUGGGCCUGGCAGAUCAUGUAUCUCCGUGCCUACUUUCGAUCAAAGCAUCUUAUUUAAGAGACUGGUUUUGUAUGCGUGUCAUCUAUCGGGUCGGGAGCCUCCUUCGAGCCUCGAACAGUCGGCCAUUCGGGUCCUGAAGACCUGUUUAGGGCGUUGGAGCUACCUAUAUGAUCGUGUCCCUCCGUC